CGAAAUAGUAUCGAAUUACAUCUUGCCUUUGGCUUGUUACUGCAUAACAUUGUGCUAUAUGGAAAGAGUUAGAAUAGGUCAGUAAAUACGAAUUGGUCUUAUUUAGUUGGAUGAUUUCCAUAAACAUAAUUGGAUUGGCACAACACGACGCAUCAAUUUGUUUAGAGGUCGACAAAAAAGCAGAGUGCAGCAGAUUGCUAGUAUAGUAGGCUUGUGGUUUUGCUGCUACUGACAUGCUGAUAGAUCUGACAUAGUAUAUUCGUCAAUAUUGAUCCUAACUCUUUCACAAAGUUUGUAAAUUUUAGUUUGAAAGUCAAGGUUAAGUCGCAUGCAAAGACAAUGAUUAUUUUGAUGGCUGUGGUAAGUAUAGAAAUGAGCGAAACGAAAAGUAGUCUAAGCUUAAUAACCUCUGUGCUGGUCCUAACAAAGAUUAUAAAAUAUAUAUUUUAUGUCUACCCCAUUGUCUGUCUAUUUAUGUUGGAAAGGGGUUAGAAUAGGCCAAAUGUCUAUCUAUAGACUGCGUUUCCUUUCGAUAUUUUUUCCCUUUUCGGUAAGUAACGAGACACUGGUUUAGCUUGUUUUAUUCUAUUGCCAUACAUCCAUCACAAGAGUCGGCACUGAGUUGACUUGUGAGUCAUAAAGCCAUUUAUGACUUUAAUUUGGACACUUGUCAUAAAAAUAACUAGAACUAUUGAGCAAUACAAUUGAAUACGCUGAUUCCAGUAACAAUAUCUUCUCAAAAGCAAGUGUGGUGAAAUAACUAGAUACAAUAAAAUGUCAUCGGGACGACUGGCUGGGAAAGCAGCUCUCGUGACAGGUGGUGGCAGAGGAAUCGGACGAGCAGUUUGUCAAGUUUUUGCAAAAGAAGGAGCCAGUGUUGCUGUUCUUGACAUAGAUGAAGACGGGAUAAAAGAAACUAUAAAACUACUGCAAAGCGAUCAAAAUAAUAAACAUUGUGCAGUCAAAGCUGAUGUAUCUUCUCCUGAACAAGUAGAACAAGCUUUCAAAACCGCCCAACACAAUCUCGACAAACAAAUAACUAUUCUUGUUAAUUGUGCUGGAAUAUUGAAAGGAACUACUAUUAAAGAAUUUGAUGAAGUCAUCAAAGUGAAUUUGAGAGGCACGUAUCUUAUGUCUCAAAAGUUUGUGGCUUCACUGGAAAACUCAGGUGUGGAAGAGGAAACUAGAGGUAUCGUGGUGAAUCUGUCAAGCCUUGCAGGUAUUCGAGCAAGCGUGGUAUCAUCGCCAUACUCAGCCUCCAAAUUUGGAGUUAUAGGUUUGACGAAGACCAUGGCAUUAGAGUUCCAAAAACAAAAAGUUCGAUUCAAUGCCGUAUUGCCAGAUAUGAUUGACACCCCUAUGCUUGGUGGCGUUGACAGAACUGAGAAUGCUAUCAAGCAAAAUCCAAUGCAAAGACUCGGUAAACCUGAGGAAGUAGCGAAUGUUUGUUUAUUUCUAGCAUCAGAUGAAAGUUCAUACGUCAACGGCGCGUGCAUCGAAGUUACUGGGGGAAACCGCUGCUAAGGAAAUUAGUUUUAAUUCGUAUCAAACAUGAAUUAGAAAAUGUAUAAAAAAUAGAAUCAAGAAAGUCGUAUAAUCAAAAUAAAAAUGGAAAUUGAUCUUUAGAAAAUUUUGAAUUCCCACCCUUCCAAUCUCAUUUAUUCAUUUUAAGCUUUUCCAAAAUGAUGGAAACUGAUAUAUUUCAUGUUUUUGUUAUUGAAAGGAAUUUAGGUCGGUGAACAUUUUUGAAUGAAUUGAUUAAUGUCAAGUACGAAUAAUUAUAUUAUAAGCAAGGUGUUAUCAUAUAUGAUAGGAUGUAGUUAGUAAAUGGAUGACCUAUGCUCCCCAUUGUUGGAGUUACCUAAGGUAUGUCAGUACUUGAUGCAUACACAUCAUAUUAUGCUUUGUUAUACAAGUCAAUUAUAUCCAUUUCAUGUAAUGAAAUGUAGCUUUAUUGAAAUUGAUCCGGCGAAGGUGAAUAUGUAAACCAGUGGCGUAGCAAGACUCUCGUGCCCGAGCACACCGAUUCCGCUUCUCCCGCAAAAACGCUCCGCGUCUUUGAAACCAGAUGUUGGAAUACUACGCAGUGCCUUUAUUUGGACGAAAGUGGUCAUGUGACUAUCAAUAAUAUCGUUGAAUUCAAAAUGACUAUAAAAGUGUUAUUGUCACUUUGGGUGUAUUGUAACCAAAGUGCACGAUUUUCAAAUCAGACGAAACUUUUAGCAGCAUGUCACAGAUUUGCAAAAUCACAAAAUACCAUCAAGUGCCAUUUUAUUGUAAUCACAAUGUUGAA